CUCCUACGCAGCGUAAGCUACCAACGGGAGAAACUGAUUAAACUCCAACUCCAACUCUAACAUCUCAGCCUAAAACCCUCAUCUUUCCCUAUAAAUAGCAAGCCAGAACCUACGUUUUGUUCAUCCCAAAAACAAAACUACGAAAUAUACAUACAUAUAUACGUAUAUUAUAUAUAUUUUUUUCGACCCACCGUUUGAGCCAGAACCAAGCCCUGAAAACACCCCUCAAACCUUCCCCUUCGUGAUACGAAUCCAACGGAAAAAGAAUCGUCGAAAACGGACGUGAAACGAGGGAGAAAAGCCUCGCCGGAGUUUCGCCGGGGAAAAACUUUUCGACGGAAAACGGAGAAGAGGGAGGAGCUGCCGCUGCCGCCAACCCACCACCGACAUUCGCCGUCCCAAACGGAGCUAGUAGCCGGCCGUUUCGCUCGUCCGACGAGGUGAUUAUCUAGAGACCGGAUUAGAGGAGGAUAACUAGGAGCAACAGGACUUAAGUUAAAGGUGGAAAGGCAUGUCCCAUUUGUGAAGAUGACACUCUUGAUUUCAAUCUACCACAUUUCCAUCUACGCAUUCUCAAACAGUAGAUGCAGACACUAUGAACUCCACCGCACCUAUUCCACGAAAAGUUUUUGUUGAUGGUUCAUCCUGUAAGCUAGCUGUUGAGUCACAAACAGAAGAUGGACACAAAGAUUUGAAAUAUGUAGCAAUGGCUUUGGCUUAUAAUACAGCCCUGGGGGCCAUGAUACAUAAUAUUCCGAUGUCUGCUAAUACCAUUAAAGUUAACAUAUCUAUGAUUUAUACAGGUUUUGAGCAAUGUCCUCUUUUAGUUCCAAAUGUUAAUGCUGAUAUAUAUGUGUUGACAGACGCUAUAGGAUCAUUUGUUGAGUGGCCUAGUCAUUUAGUUUUUUUUGAAGGAGAGGAUCAGGUAAAGUCAAAGCGGAAAGAUGUGAUUCAAAAGAAUAAAGCUUUUAUUCCGAGAGAGUCUCCUCGGGUUGUGGUUCCUCCUAGCACAUACCCAUUGGUUAGUGAUACUAUUUUGCAGUCACUAACUGAAGAUUUAUUGGAGCUACAUGAGAUGCUAGAGUGGUAUGAGCCAGAGGUGUGUAAAUUCUCUAUUGCUUUACUUGUUAAUGCUUUUCACUAUCCGCAAAACAGUGAAUUUGGGACUAUCAUCGAUCGUAAAGACUUGACUGAACUACUGGAGGGUGAUUCUGUGGAUAUGUGCAUCAUUCAAUCCUUUGCAUUGUGUGCCUUAGCUAAAUUGAAUGAUUUGCAACGUGAUGAUGUUGUGUUUUUGUGCCCCUUAUUGUGCUCUUAUGGUUCUUAUCAACUUGACAAGAAGGGCACAAUAACAUAUAUGAAACAAUCUUUGUGUGCGACAUUUGGAAAAAGAAUGAUCUUGCUUCCAUAUAAUGAAGGAUUUCAUUGGAUUUUGAUAGUCAUUUGCCCCUCGGUUAAUAAAGACUAUAUCUUCAAUUCAAUCCCAAGCUUUUCUAAUAUCAGCAUUCAGAAAGAUCUAGCAUUAGCAUACAGAGUUACUUCCGCAAGAAAUGGUG